AUGUUCCAGCUCUCGAUCAUCAAAGACACCCUCCCCAUCCUCCCCGCCGCCUUUGCCCUCCCGCCCGAGCAGGCGCUCACCGCCGCCAUCAACAAAAAGUACGCCAACCGCGUGCUGCACGACGUCGGGCUGUGUAUUGCCGUCUUCGACCUCGUCAGCGCGAGCGAGGGGCGCGUCAGGUACGGCGAUGGGUGUUUGUGGUAUAAAGUGACGUUUAGGAUGGUCGUGUUUCGCCCGUUUGCGGGGGAGGUGCUGUUGGCGCGCGUCAAGUCGUCCGACGAGGACGGGAUACGCUUGACACUCGGCUUCUUCGACGACAUGUACGUCCCCCCCGCCUACCUCCCCCAGCCCUCCGCCUUCGACCCGAACGAACGCGCCCACUUCUGGCUUGCAGACGCCGGCCCCGAGCAGGGCACGCACGAGCUGCUCGACUCGCCCGUGGCUGCGCGCAUGUACAUAGAUAAAGGCGAGGUCGUGCGCGUGCGCGUCGAGAUGGAUGAGUUCUACGACGACGAGCCCGGCCCGCCGAAAGCCUCCGAGGGCGUGCGCGUCGAGCGCGAGCAGCGCAGGCCGCCGUAUACCGUCACCUGCUCCAUCGCCGAACAAGGCCUCGGCCCCACCUCCUGGUGGAAAGCCGCCGAAGCGGUGCUCGAAGGCGAGGGCGAGGAGAUGGACCAGGGCUAACCAUGAAGACGCAUCCAAGGGCAGCUGGCGCUGGCGGAUAACAGAAGCGUGUAUAUGUAUUUAUGCAUAUGUAUGAAGACAACGAACCCCGCGUCUCUCCCCCUUCCCCUCAGCACAUGUAUUCUCCAUCAAGGAUGAACAUAC